AUGGCUGUGAGGCCGCAGCGCAUCCAGGACGGAGUCGUAGAACGGAGGUUGCGUCCCAUAUACGAUUGGCUAGAUAAUGGAAAUAAUAAAAAGGCCCUGCAGGAAGCUGAAAAAGUGCUAAAGAAAAGUCCCACGUUACAGGCUGCACGGGCUUUGAAAGCGCUAGCUCUAUUAAGAUUAGGUAAAACUUCUGAGUCGCACGCAGUAUUAGAUGCACUAGUAGAGGAGAAGCCGAGUGAUGAUACUACGUUACAAGCUAUGACCAUAUCCUAUCGAGAAGUACAUCAAUUACAUAAAGUGUGUGAAAUAUAUGAGGCUGCUGUGAAGGUUGACCCUUCAAAUGAAGAGCUUUAUUCACACCUAUUCAUGUCAUAUGUUCGAGUUGGAGACCACAAGUCGCAGCAGAGAGCAGCAAUGGCCUUAUAUAAGUUUGCUCCUAAGAAUCCAUAUUACUUCUGGGCUGUGAUGAGUAUUGUGUUACAGGCCAAAACUGCAGAUGAUAGUACAAAGCGUGGUAUACUUUUAUCACUAGCUCAAAGAAUGGUUGAAAAUUUUAUAACAGAUAACAAAAUGGAGGCAGAGCAAGAGGCUAGGCUGUACAUUAUGAUAUUAGAGUUACAAGAAAAAUGGGACAACAUACUCAAAUUCAUUGAAGGCCCUUUAUAUUUACAAUUAGUACCAGGACUGACAUCACAAGCAUGCAUACCAUACUUUAAAAGAAUAGGAGAGUGGAAAAGACUUAAUUUGCUCUGCAAAGAUCUGCUAUGGGAAAAUCAAGAUAGAUGGGACUUUUAUAUGCCAUAUUUCGAUUCUGUCUUCCAAUUAAUGACUAAAAGUGGUACAGAUAACUAUGUAGACGAUACACCAGAAAAGUGUCAUGAAUUCAUCUGUUUAAUCAUUGAAAAUGUUUCCACAGACAGGCCAUUACGAGGCCCAUACUUAGCUAGAUUAGAAUUAUGGAAGAGGCUCGCUAAAGAUGGCGAUCCAACUUCACUCCUAGGUAGCGGUGUUGCCCUAUGUGUUCAGUAUUUAAGAGUGUUUGCGAAUAAACCAUGUGCUGUGCCUGAUCUGAAAGUAUAUUUGUCCAUGUUACCUCAGAAAGAGAGGGAGGACCAUAGCAAAGAUUUUUUAAACUGCCUAGGUUUUGAUGAAAAUAGUGAACCAGUAAAUGCUAACGACAUUCAAAAGCACGUAUCUUGCCUUUACGCAUGGAGAUUAACAGCCCCGGUAGGGUCAGCAGAGGAAAACCUUUCAAUAGCCAGACUCCUAAGAAAACACUACCUAAGGUGUCUAGAACAAGGACUAGUAACAUCGACAGUCACUGAAUUUUGUGCCGCUGACAAUUAUGGGACAUUGGCGGCGCAUCAUUUCUUCUAUGCCGCCAUGGAACAAGAAGAUCCUGCCCCAAUUUUGGAAGCACUUAACCUCUUGGAACUGGUAUUGCAUCAUUCUGCUGCAAACUUCCAUGCUAAGCUGUUGCUAAUAUCCUUGUACCAUGUAUUAGGUGCAGCAAUAGCGGCAGAUUCGAUAUACUGUAAGCUGGAGGUAAAGAACAUCCAGUUGGUGUCACUGGGCUGGAUCCAUGCGGCGCGACUGGCGCCUGCUCUGGCCUCUGCAAGGGCUCUAAGAUUGCUGUCCGACACUUGCACCUUCCAUAAGCAUCACGCUAAAGAUAGUGUGGAACAAGUGACAUAUGCGUACAAGUUCGGAACGUUCGAAAAGGUAGUGGAAGUUUGGGAGUGGGGAGGGCGUAUAGGUGGUUGCGCUUGGUGUGCGACUUGCGGUCGCGAGAGGGCGUUGUUGGCGUUGCUCGCGGGUCCGCCGCAGCCACCACACGCGCCACAGCGACUGCCCCAGACGCCCACGGACAACCGCGACCUGAACGCCAUAGUGAGUUGGUCGUCGACGGACGGAGACCGCGCGCUCUACAAGAGCCGGUCCUUCGAGAGGGACGUUGCUUACUUGAGGCUUAAGGAUGGUCUGCUCUCGGCUAUAGUGCUCUGUAUAGAAUGCGCCGACAACCGCAACGCGGAGGAAAAGAGCAGCCAGCUGGAGGAGCUGCGCAAGUGCAUCUCGGCGUUCGGUUCGGCGCUCGACAGUUGCCGGCACGUGUACGGCGAGCGAGAGCGGAUUAGCGUCAGCGCGCCUCUGCCUUCUAGGAUUAUUGCAUUUGUAACGUCACCCGUGCCUUACCGGGAGUUGUAUACGAACACGUUGCUGAUGGUGUGUGAGAUUUGCGCCGGUUCGCCAAGCGCGCAUACGUACGCCGAACAGGCUCGGAGUACAAUCGUCGCAAGCAGAACUGAAUUGGCUGCGCACGCGCAGCCCACGCUUUGGGGAAACAGAGACGCGUUCGAGUUCUUCUCGAAUUACCUAGAAUUCAUAGGUGUCAUAACAUUUUUACUCGGAGUCUGCAACGAGUACCUUGCGCCGGCGCAUGCCAAGAAGAGCAAAAAAAAGACAACUCACUCACCGGAACAAAUAAAAACAACGGAGACUCUCAAUAAAUUGAAUGACGACGUUCAAACAACGAUAACGAUACUAGAAGAAAUUUUUGAAAAGUGGCCUACCUUCUCGUACGAAGCCUCUCUAGAGGAAGAGCUAGCGAAAUUGACUCUCACGAACAAAUAUCAUAGCCCUGUCGUGCAAAAGUUGAAAAGCGGCUUCGAAGAAGUGCUAACCGACGUCAAGAAUAAUUUGAAAAAGAAAGCGAAGUACCUUAAGAGUUUGCAAUAG